CGGGGCUAUGAAUAGAUGUUCGACGCGUUUACUGGACCUCCGGAUAACUUUUGUCACCUCAUUCACAUCCAUCCCCAACAUACACCGGAAAACCUGUUCAAGUCCUAGAAUCAAUCUCAUUUCAAUUCCUAGUUUUCAGGUUUCAAAACACAAAAGUAGUUGUCGACAAUUCGCCAUGUCUCUCGCUAGCAAGCUCUCCAUCACGGACGUUGAUGUCAAGGGGAAGCGGGUGCUCAUCCGUGUCGACUUCAACGUUCCUCUUGACGAGAACAAGAACAUCACCAACAACCAGCGUAUUGCCGGCGCUGUGCCAACAAUCAAGCACGCUCUCGACAAUGGCGCCAAGACAGUAAUCCUGAUGUCGCAUCUCGGUCGGCCGAAUGGAUCGCCCAACCCCAAGUACUCGCUCAAGCCUGUCGUACCCGAGCUUGAGAAGCUUUUGGGUGGCAAGAAGGUCACCUUCGCCCCUGACUGUGUCGGCCCUGAGGUUGAGGAUAUUGUCAACAAGGCUGGCGAGGGCGAUGUUGUGCUAUUGGAGAACCUCCGCUUCCACAUUGAGGAGGAGGGCAGCGCCAAGGACAAGGAGGGUAACAAGACCAAGGCUGACAAGGCCAAGGUCGAGGAGUUCCGCAAGGGCCUCACCAAGUUGGGAGACAUCUACAUCAACGAUGCCUUCGGCACUGCCCACCGUGCUCACUCUUCCAUGGUUGGCGUCGACCUGCCCCAGAAGGCUGCUGGCUUCCUCAUGAAGAAGGAGCUUGACUACUUUGCACAGGCUCUCGAGUCGCCCAAGCGCCCGUUCUUGGCCAUUCUUGGCGGUGCCAAGGUUUCGGACAAGAUCCAGCUGAUCGACAACCUGCUUGACAAGGUCAACACGCUCAUCGUGUGCGGUGGCAUGGCGUUUACCUUCAAGAAAGUGCUCGACAACAUGGCUAUCGGAAACUCCCUCUUCGACGAGGCAGGAUCCAAGACCGUGCCCGAGCUCAUGAAGAAGGCGCAGGAGAAGGGCGUCAAGGUCGUCCUCCCGGUAGACUUUAUUACUGCUGACAAGUUCGCUGCGGACGCCAAGACUGGGUCUGCCACGGACAAGGAGGGUAUCCCUGAGGGCUGGAUGGGCUUGGACUGCGGUGAGAAGAGUGUUGAGCUGUUCCAGAGCGCCAUCGACGAGUCGCAGACCGUCCUGUGGAACGGCCCCGCCGGUGUCUUUGAGUUUGAUGCUUUCGCCAAGGGCACCAAGGCCACUCUCGACGCUGCCGUCAGUGGCUGCGGCAAGGGCAAGAUUGUUAUCAUCGGAGGUGGUGACACGGCCACCGUUGCGGCCAAGUACGGAGUUGAGGACAAGCUGAGCCACGUCUCGACCGGUGGUGGUGCUAGCUUGGAGCUCCUUGAGGGCAAGGAACUUCCUGGUGUCACCGCGCUCAGCAGCAAGUAAGUGGCCAAUGAGGAAUUUGAACUUGAAGAAUAAAAAGGUGGUGGCCUAUAACUGGCCUGUAAUUACUGCAAGUACAAGGAUUCCCUGACAAUUUGAUGAACAAAGAACAAUGUCCAGUAGAACCUCCUAUCUAUGAGCAGCAAUACCAUCAUUUUUAAGUGAAUAAUAA